ACAUCCUUACGCGGGAAUUUCUUGCAGGUAGAUAACAUGACAUUUAGUAACAGGUAACGUGAUGGAAUCCCGUGCGGCUCAUUUUUGUUCUGAAAUUGAUAAGCUCCAUGCAAAACUGUUGAUCAACGUGGGAGUCACGACAGACUGGCAGCGUGCUGAAAAAGAAAUCAACCACCAGGAAAUUUUAAACCGAAUUGAAAGCAUAAUCCUGGAAAUAGUCACCAGUCUGUCCAAAGCUGAGGCCCCUGUCCUGGCGCUGCCCAACAGAUCCAGCUGGGCCAACAUAAGCUUUGACAGUGCCAUUGGGCUUCAGAUGAGUUCAAGACAGUCUGUCACCACCAUUAGGGCCGACUGCCCUUCAUCUGUCACUAAAUUUGCCCAGAUUCUCAAGAUUCUCUCAGUCAUCUACAGGCUUGUCCAGAGCAACUCAUAUGCUACAAAGAGAGACAUCUAUUACAACAACACAAAGCUCUUUGGUUCACAGAAAGCUGUUGAUAGUAUCGUAGAUGACAUCUCCUGCAUGCUAAAGGUUCCUCGCAGAUCACUACAUGUGUUGGCCACAUCCAAGGGAUUGAUCUCAGGUGACCUGUGUUAUAUGGAGGAGGACGGCACGAGGAUUGACUGCCACUCCAGCUCAACUGCUGUCUCAGUUUCAUCGAACAUCAGUGGAAUUAAAAAUAUUGUAUCAUCUGCAAAAUUUGUCUUGAUCAUCGAGAAGGAUGCGACGUUCCAGAGACUGCUGGAUGAUGACUUCUGCACAAAGAUCUCCCCUUGCAUCAUUAUCACAGGUAAAGGUGUGCCAGAUGUGAACAGCAGGCUGAUGGUGAAAAGGCUUUGGGAUGAGCUGCACAUCCCCAUCUUUGCCCUCGUGGAUGCUGAUCCUCAUGGCAUUGAAAUCAUGUGCAUCUACAAGUAUGGAUCAGUGGCAAUGUCGUUUGAGGCCCACAGUCUGACCGUCCCCAGCGUUAUGUGGCUAGGCCUCCUCCCCUCUGACCUACAGAGGUUGCGGGUUCCCAAGGACGCUCUGAUCCCACUUACAAAGAGAGAUGAAAGCAAACUCUGCAGCCUCCUUGAAAGGCCGUACUUAACCAGCCAACCAGAGUGGCAGAAAGAGAUGAAACUGAUGCAGCAAAGUAAAGUAAAGGCUGAAAUACAGUCUUUGACAGCUAUAGCUCCUGACUUCCUCACACAAAUCUACCUGCCCAACAAGCUGCGCUAUGGAGGCUGGAUAUGAGCUCAAUGCUGCCACUUAGUGGAUGAGUAAGUGAACUGCUAAAGUUGCUUUGAAGCCUGAAGAGUGGUAUUAGACGUAAAUUGUCAGACAAAUUAAAGUAUUAACUUCAGUUUGUUAGUUUGUAGUGUUUGGAUAUUUAUUCACCUUUCUUUGUGUAUAUUGGAUGCAGUUGUUUGAGAAGUGUAAUUAAAACCUCCGUGAUCCCACUGA